AUGCGUCUGACAUGUUUUUGGAUUUUUUGGAUUCCAAAAUGCCAGGGCUUUGGAGAAAUCAGCAUCACAACUGAGGAGAAUCAGCAUUCGCCCUGGAUUCAGAUCCCAAGCGACACAAAGGCAGCAGGUGGCAAGUUGCAGGUGCACCAAGUGGCUGAUGUCGUAGUCCUAGAUGCGGAGGUCAUCGAUGCUUUGCAUCAGAUGGUGGUCAAAGACAAACCUGACCACGAUGGUAUGAGCGUCAAUCUCUUUAUCGAGUUGGCUGUAGAGUGGCAGAUGUCAGGUGAAUGGCUUCAGAUUCAGAGUUCCCCACAUCACUUCAUCGAGCUGCCAGUGCAUCCCCGUGAUGCGGGUGUGGAUGUGGGUGGCUUAAGCGAUGGCAUCGGUGGCCAUCAGUGCUUCGAAACCUCCGUGGACAUGGACUUUUUUCUGGCAGGAUAUUUGCCUCGAAGUCCCUGCUGGUUUCCGAUUCUCAAAGACGUGGGCAUCUCAGAAUCCGAGCUUCAACGUACCCGUUUCGAGAUUGACGUGUCGGUGCCGUUGGGCUUCUCCGUGUGCACCGCAGGGCAACUGGUGUGGGCCCCGGCCUUCGCAUCUGUGGGCUCUGCGUCGCACACGGCUCUGUUCACAGCGGAGGUCCAGCGGCAGAGUGGCCCUGGCCGCCCGUCCCAGUGGAGGCUCGGCUCGGCUUUGGUGCCGAGAUGUGCCGAGAGAUGA